CGAUCUUCUUCAUUCCUUUGCUCGAGCAUCAUCAAAUCCAAAACAGCGUUCAAAGCGGGUGCACGCAUCUAGUUCUUUUUUUACUGUGUAAAGAAACGUGGCGUGCUAAACAGAAUAGAGAAAAAAAUAUAUCAUUUUCGGUGCAGCAAUUGAAACAGAAACGUUUUUGUUUUCUGAAUAUAGUAUUUGAAGUGAAGCUACACUUGUGUUUCUGCUCCGACAAAAAUGGCUGCGGCUAGUGAUAGUAUUCUGCAGGCGCUGGUUUUCGAUUAUCUUUCGAGGAAAGAUAAAACAUUCGCAGAAGUAUAUCAGAAGAAAUUUAAAUCGCCGGUCGUCGCUAAAGGUUCACCACGCUUAGAAGAUGUCGUAAAACAGUAUCAAACAUCCGGACCUAAGAAGAUCGCUGUAUCCAAGCCGACAGCAGAGUCUAGCUCUGAGGAUUCUUCCGAAGAAGAAGAGGAAGAGCAGCCAAAAACUCCAGCCAAGGCAGUUACAAACGGGAAAUCGGUGACGAAUGGAAAGGCAUUAGUCAAUGGCAACAAGAAAAACGGUCCACAGGCAACUCCCGUUGCAAAGAAGCAAGAAUCAUCCAGCGAUGACAGCUCGUCUGAGGAAGAAGCACCUAAAACGCCCGCUAAACCCGCCAAGACUCCAGUCAAAGCGACACCAGCUAAAGGUGCAGUUAAAGCAACGCCAGCUAAAACCCCAGCUAAGCAAACUCCUGCUGCUGCUAAGACCCCUGCAAAGAAAGAAGAAUCUUCAGAGGACAGUUCAGAAGAGGAUGAGCAGGAAUCGAAACAAGCAGUUGUUAAGAAGAAGACACCGGCUAAACCCGUCGUCCAGAAAGCCGAGUCGUCAGAUGAUUCCAGUUCCGAAGAGGACGGAGUUCCUGCAGUAAAACCGAUUGUUAACAAAAAAGCUGUUGCAACUCCGGCAGCUAAAGCUGCAGCGAAGAAAGAGGAAUCAUCAGAUGAUUCCAGUUCCGAGGAAGAGGAAGUUCCUGCACCGAAACCAGUUGUCAACAAGAAAGCGGCUGCGGCUCCGCUGGCUAAAGCUGCUGUCGCUAAAAAGGAUGAAUCUUCAGAUGAUUCCAGCUCCGAGGAAGAGGAAGUUCCUCCACCGAAACCAGUUGUAAACAAGAAAACUGUUGCGACUGCAGCGAAAAAGCAAGAAAGCAGUGAUGAUUCUUCCGAGGAGGAGGAGGUCGCCAAGAAGGUCGUAGCUAGCACACCUGCUGCUAAGCGACCGGUGCCGGCAAAGAAGCAAGAGUCAUCGAGUGAAGAUUCUAGCGAGGAGGAAGAGCAGCCUCCAGCGAAAAAGAAACCUGCGGUUGCUGUUGUACCGGCUGCAAAGAAACAAGAAUCAUCGAGCGAGGAGGAAUCCGACGAUGACGACGAUGAAGAAGACGAGCAGCCAGCGAAAAAAAUGCCAGUGAAAAAACCUGUGGCCAAAAAGGAGGAAUCUGAAGAGUCAGAUGAUUCGGAAGAUGAAGAACCAGAGGAAAAGCCGGCGGCCAAGCCGGGAAAGAAGCGUAAGGCAGAGGAAAGUUUUGAACAACCAUCGGCUAAGGCAGCAAAGUCAUUCCAGCUCUCUAGAUCCAAACCGGCAAUUGAAUCUCGAGUAGCCCAACUAGCACAACUAGCCAAGCCAAGCGGCACAAGUGACAGUGAAUCGGAUUCGGAUGAUUCGGACGAAGAAACAUCGACACCAGCAAAGCCUGUAGUGAAGGUUCCGCCAGCUAAACAACCUCUGAUUGUUGUUAACACUCAGAGCAAAAAGAAAGAAUCUUCUUCCGACGACAGUUCCGAAGAAAAUGAGCAAGAAUCGAUACCACCAUCUGUCAAAAAGAAUACACCAGCGAUAUCUUCCGCGAAACAGAACGAAUCGUCAGAUGAUUCCAGUUCCGAGGAAAAAGAGGCUGCUGCAGUGAAAUCAUUGGCCAACAAAAGAUAUGUUUUAGCUCCGACGAAAAAACAGGAAGACACUAGUGACGAUUCCUCUUCCGAUGAAGAAGACGAUAAGCCUAUGGUGAGCAGUACACCUGCAAUCAAACAACCAGCCCUGACCAAGAAGCAAGGGUCAUCUAGUGACGAUUCAUCCAGUGAAGAUGAAAAACCUGCAGUUAAAAAGAAUCCUUUAGUUUUGGUACCAACUGCAAAGAAGCAAGAUUCAUCUAGCGAAGAUUCCUCGGACGAAGACGAGCAGCCAGCUACUCCAGCUAAGCCACUUGCGGCUACCCCUAAAACGCCGGCUAAGAAGGAUAAAUCUUCUUCAGACGACAGUUCCGAAGAAGAUGAGCUGAAGUCGAAACAAGCGGCUGUUGCUAAGGCCGGACAGAAACGAAAGGCAGAAGAGAGUGAAGAACAACCUCCGGCUAAAGGGGCAAAGGCCAAUCAGCGUGGAUUUAUAAGUUUUGCCAGUGAUGUUCCGGAGAAUGCCACGAAACCAUCGCCUUCUGAAAAAUGGAAAUGCUUGAUUUGUAAAACAUUGAACCGACACAAAAAGACGCAAUGCAACGGUUGUAAAACCAUCAAAACCUUGGUUACAUCUAAAAACAAGCUGGAACAUUGCUGGGCAUGUUCAGGGUGCCAUUUUUUAAAUUUUGAGGACCAAACAAAAUGUCUGAAGUGUGGAACAAACAAUCCUGACCCUUGCGACAACAACGCUUCGCGUAAGAAAGGAGAUUGGAAUUGUCCGGAUUGUAACGCCUUGAACUAUUGCAGCAGGACUUCCUGCUACAAGUGUGGUAAGGAAAAACCUGUGUUGCCAUACAAACAGUGGGUGUGUGAAAAAUGCAAUAAUAUUAACUUUGCUCAUCGACUGUGCUGUUUCAAAUGCAAAGAACCGAGAAGAGUAUGGACAUGUGAAGCUUGUUACUAUGUGAACAAUAUCACAGACAUCAGAUGUGGUAAUUGUACGAAAGGCACAUUUUUGGUAAACUCUGAAGACAGACAGCGGAAGAGAUCUGGCCCAAAGAACAAAAGACUUCCCGGAGAUUGGAAAUGCCCGCAGUGUAAACGAGUAAAUUUUGCGAGAAAAUUCAAAUGCAUGAUAUGUUUUGAGCUCAAACCAAUCUAAACGGUCAACGUUCAACACACGCAGGGGAUCGUCCGAUCGUGGCUGCUUGUACUAUUUUACAUUUAC